CGGCAGCCUGCAAACACAGAGGACUGAUUUCGGAGAAGAAGCAGAGGAUUUUCUCUGUUUCUACACAGACUUGGUCCAGACAGCAGAGAACUGCAUAGUGAAGAAGUUCAUGGGAAGAAGCUGAAGUGAAGGUAGAAAGUGUUUGUGAGCUGAUGUGGAUGUGAAUUCAUGGAUCAGUGUGAGGACAGAGAGGAGGGAGUCCCUCCCUCUAAAACUACUCUGUGUGGGGAACAUGAGAGCCAGACCAAAGCUCACAGGAAGAAACGAGGAACUAAACGGAAACUUAAACCUGAACCCACCUGUGUGUCUUUAAAGAGUGACCGUUCUAAACAACACAUAUUUGAAUUUAAAGAACAACCCUCCGCUGCAGAGAGAGGACAGCAGGAAUGCCUAGAGGUUCCCAGUGGCCAGUCUUUCAACCAGCAUCAAAAACAACUGGACUCCAUAUUUACGCUCCUGGAGAACAACAUUGUCACCUAUGUGAAGACUGAACUGAAAAAGAUACAGGAGAGUUUGAGCUCAGAUUACCCCGAAUGCUUAGAGGAUCAGAGGGGAGAUGAGGGGAUAAGGCAUGAGGAUGAAGCGCAGAGGAGGACCAGCAGGGAGGCAUUCAUGAUGAUCUUACUAAACUUUUUGAAGGGAAUGAAGCAGAAAGAACUGGUCGAGCGCCUGCAGAAUAGAACUCGCACUGUAGUUUGUCAGAACCAAAAAUCUGUUUUAAAAAAGAAGUUCCAGCGUGUGUUUGAGGGGAUCGCUAAAGCAGGAAAUCCAACACCUCUGAACGAGAUCUACACAGAGCUCUACAUCACAGAGGGAGGGACUACAGAGAUCAAUGAUGAACAUGAGGUCAGACAGAUUGAAACAGCAUUCAAGAAACCAGGUAGUUUAGAAACUACAAUCAGACAAGAAGACAUAUUUAAAGGCUCACCUGGAAAAAAUAAACCAAUCAGAACAGUGCUGACAGAGGGAGUGGCUGGCAUCGGUAAAACAGUCUUAACACAGAAGUUCAGUCUCGACUGGGCUGAAGACAAAGCCAACCAAGACAUCCAGUUCAUGUUUCCAUUCUCUUUCAGAGAGCUGAAUGUGCUGAAAGAGGAAAAGUUCAGUUUGGUAGAGCUUGUUCAUCACUUCUUUACUGAAACCAAAGAAGAAGGAAUCUGCAGUUUUGAAGACUUCCAGGUUGUGUUCAUCUUAGAUGGUCUGGAUGAGUGUCGACUUCCUCUGGACUUCCAGAAGACUAAAAUGGUAACUGACCCUAGAGAGUCCACCUCAGUGGAUGUGCUGCUGGUAAACCUCAUCAGGAGGAAUCUGCUUCCUUCUUCUCUCCUCUGGAUAACCACACGGCCUGCAGCAGCCAAUCAGAUCCCUCCAGAAUGUGUUGACAUGGUGACAGAGGUCCGAGGGUUCACUGACCCUCAAAAGGAGGAUUACUUCUGGAAGAGAUUCAGAGAUAAGGGGAAGGCCAACAGGAUCAUCUCCCACAUCAAGACAUCACGAAGCCUCCACAUCAUGUGCCACAUCCCAGUCUUCUGCUGGAUCACUGCUACAGUUCUGGAGGAUGUGCUGAAAAAGAUAGAGGAAGGAGAGCUCCCCAAGACCCUGACUGAGAUGUACAUCCACUACCUGGUGGUUCAGGCUAAACUGAAAAAGGUUAAGUAUGACGGAGGGUCUGAGACAGAUCCACACUGGAGUCCAGCAAACAAGGAAAUGAUUGCAUCGCUGGGAAAACUGGCUUUUGAGCAGUUGCAGAAAGGCAAUCUGAUCUUCUAUGAAUCAGACCUGACAGAGUCUGGCAUUGAUGUUGAAGCAGCCUCAGUGUACUCAGGAGUAUUUACACAGAACAAGGUGUUCUGUUUCGUCCAUUUGAGCAUUCAGGAGUUUCUGGCUGCUCUUCAUGUCCAUCUGACCUUCAUCAACUCUGGACUGAAUUUGCUGGAAGAACAACAAACAACCUCCCAGGAGUCUGAAACAGGAGAAUCUGCAGAGAAACACUUCUACCAGAGUGCCAUAAACAAGGCGUUAAAGAGUCCAAAUGGACACCUGGACUUGUUCCUCCGCUUCCUCCUGGGUCUUUCACUGCAUACCAAUCAAACUCUCCUACAAGGGCUGCUGACACAGAGAGGAAGUAGCUCACAGAUCAAUCAGGAAACAGUCCAGUACAUCAAGAAGAAGCUCAGUGAGAAUCUGUCUGCAGAGAAAAGCAUCAAUCUUUUCCACAGUCUGAAUGAACUGAAUGAUUGUUCACUAGUAGAGGAGAUCCAACAGUCCCUAAGUUCAGGAAGUCUCUCUACAGACAAACUGUCUCCUGCUCAGUGGUCAGCUCUGGUCUUCAUCUUACUGUCAUCAGAAGAAUGUACUGAUGUGUUUGACUUGAAGAAAUACUCUGCUUCAGAGGAGGCUCUUCUGAGGCUGCUGCCGGUGGUUAAAGCCUCCAAGAAAGCUUUAUUGAGUGGCUGUAACCUCUCAGAGAAAAGCUGUGAAGCACUGUCCUCAGUUCUCAGCUCCCACUCCUCUAAUCUGAGAGAACUGGACCUGAGUAACAACAACCUGCAGGAUUCAGGGUUGAAGACUCUCUCUGCAGGACUGGAAAGUCCACAUUGUACACUGGAAACUCUCAAGCUCUCAGGCUGUCUAAUAACAGAGGAAGGCUUUGCUCGUCUGGCUACAACUCUGAGUUCCAAACCCUCCCAUUUGAAAGAGCUGGAUCUGAGAUACAAUCAUCCAGGAGAGUCAGGAAUCAAGCCACUGUCAGCUGAAGUGAAGGAUCCAUAUUGGAAUGUCAGGGUGGAGCCUGCUGGAGUCCGAUGGUUGACACCAGGUCUGAGGAAGUAUUCCUGUCAACUCACAAUCGACAGAAACACAGUAAACAAAAGACUCAAACUGUCUGACAACAACAGGAAGGUGACAUGUGUGGAUGAGGUUCAGUCAUAUCCUGAUCAUCCAGACAGAUUUGAUGGGUGGCCUCAACUGCUGUGUAGAAAUGGUCUGACCGGUCGCUGUUACUGGGAGGUUGAGUGGAAAGGAGACGUUUAUAUAUCAGUGAGUUACAAAAGUAUCCGAAGGAAAGGAGGUUGUGAUAACUGUUUGUUUGGAUGGAAUGAUCAGUCCUGGAGUCUGUACUGCUAUGAUGAUGGUCCUCGUUCUGUAGGGCACAAUAACAAAGUAACAUCCAUCUCCUCUUCCGUCUCUAACAAAGUAGCAGUGUAUGUGGACUGUCCUGCUGGCACUCUGUCCUUCUACACAGUUUCCUCUCACACUCUGAUCCACCUCCACACCUUCAACACCACAUUCACGGAAACUCUUCAUCCUGGAUUUAGGGUCUGGUCUGGUUCCUCAGUGAGUCUGUGCUGAGUGUAAAGAGUGUCCUCCUGUUAAAGAAACACUCUGACUGUUGAACAGAUAGUUCAGUCUGUACAUGUCUGUUUCUUUCGCUCAGAAACAUGUUUUCAGAUUCAUCGAUUCAAUCAGUUGAUGUUCUGUUCUAAAUGAUUCCUUGUAAACUUCUUCCUCUUCAGUCCUUUAAAGAUGGAAGCUACGAUUAUUCAAGGAUCCACACAUUGUUUUUCUGUAUUUCUCCACUCAAAGCUUCACAGUGAAUAUCAGCAUGUUGUGUUUUCUCUGAAGCUCAGUUCGCAACCAGCUGAGCUCAUUAAAAUGAAUGUUUGAUUUCUCUUUCUUAAUGAGAUUUUUUCAACCUCUCCUGUUUUAUUCUUACACUCAUUUUUGGAACCUAUCAUAGAAGCAGGACAAUAACGAAGGUCUCAAUAUUAGCAAAUUUUCAAAAUUACAGUUCUUUUGUGUUUUUUGCUUUUAUUUUUUCCCAUAUCUUGAGAACAAGCAGACUGCAUUAAUAUUCCAUGAGUGAACAAGUUGACAUCCCAUAUUACUCAGUGUAUAAAAUACAUUCACCAUUUCUCUUUUUUCUGCCAUUCUAUCUAAACAGUUGCUUUUAAAAACUGUUCCAAUCAAAGAAACAUGAACUUGUAUUUUGAUCAGAUCGAUACGUACAGCUUUGAUGUCACAAACAUCUCCCUGAACUCUUCACUAAUGGUGAUUUGUGGCCCUCUGCUGGUGAGAAGAUGAUGUCAGUUUAAUGAACACAGAUGACAUGAAGUGUUUUUAAAUCUGCUUUCUCUAAUAUUCAGGGUCAUGCUGGCAUACAAACAGUGAGUUUGAAAAAAUGUUUAUUUUGCAUCCUUUUUAAUGGAUUUCUCAAAUAUCUGCUGAUGUAGAAGUGAAUGGAAUGAUUUUUUUUUCGCCUUUAGGAUCCAAUAAUUUUAAAAUGCUGCCGUUAUAUAACAUGAAAAUUAUCAAAUGUUAUCAGAGACGCACCUGAAGACAGGGUAAACAAUAAUAUUGUGUAACUAGUUGAUAACAAUCUGAAUGGAGUUUUAAUGCAAUUCUAAUGACUGUAUUGAGGUAUCACAAUGUACGUGAUUUUGCUAAUAAAUGCAAGAGGCUGCAUUAAAAAAA